AAAAUUUAUUUUUCUGAGAUAUGCGUGGUGUCCUUGUUUUCAUGUAUUAUUUGUCAGUUUUAACAAGCAUUUCUUCAAAUGUUAAAUUUAUACAUGAACCCAAGGACUCCUGCAUACCGUGGCGCGGUCAAAGUCAAAUUAUUUGUAAGGUUGAUCACCCUAAAGCGACUUAUUCUUGGCUAACAAUACGUCAUGCGCCUUUGGAUUUAAUUUUUUCAAAUGGACGUCUUCAUUUUCUAAAAGAAGCUAAUGUAUUAUUUGAAAAAUCCGAAGCAGUUGUUGAAAAUUCUUCAUUUGUAAAUGUUAAUGCUCUCGAUGGUCAUUUACUUCUCAAACAUCCCACAUCAGUCGAUAAAAUUAACCGGUCAAAAUCAUUGAUACUAAACUAUAAAUCAUGGCUUGAAGGUUCUUAUCGAUGUAAAGCUUCUAUUCCCGGUGAAGGUAGUUUGGUUAGCCGUGCUGUAAAUAUACGUCUUUCUGAUCUCUUUUUUGAACCAAAUCUACCAACAACUCAUGGUCUUCUGUCUAAUUCACAUCAACCGUUAAACAAUGAAUUUCAACAGUAUUCAACUUCUUCACUAGAGACUGACUUUAAUAAACAUCCUGGUCUUGGUGGAGGUAGUUUUUAUCCAGGCGAAGUAGUUGUUCUUCGUUGUCCAUUGAUAACAAUCAGUUCAGUUAAACCAAUUAUACGAUGGUUUCAUGUCACAUCAGAUGUGAUGGUUAUGCAACCUGUCGGUUUCGAUACAGAUUUAAGUGAUUCUACUUGGCCGGAUCACUAUGAAGCUAUCCCAUUGGAUGGUGGUCGUUGGCUUGAAAUUCACUUGGGUCAUUCAAAUACCUCUCUUAUUAGUCAUCAUCGUCGUCGUUCUCAACAAGAUCAAUCAGAGUGGAAUAAAAAUUUCCAAUAUCUUUAUAAUGAUAAUGAUCCAGAUAUAAAAUCUCGAUUCAAUGAGGAUUAUUUUCGUGCUGGUUUUGGUGAAUAUUUUUGUGAAAUACAUAUACCAUCAAUACAACAGAUAGAUAAUUUCAUCAAUCAGUCAGAUAAAAUUGGAUUAAAUAAUACAGGACCAUAUAUCCCAGUGAAUUUAUUCUCUUCUGUUACCGCCGCAGCCGCCACCGCUGCCUCCGCCUCCUUCUCUUCAUCAUCGUUGUCGUCGUCUUCAGCAACUACAACUGUUGUCAGUGAAUUAAAGCCUUCGAAUUCAAGAGAUGCUGUUAUUACUUGGUCUGUUCAACCGUAUGAAUUGGUACAAGUUGAAUUUCCAUCUAUAUUUAUGCAUUCUCUUGAAAGUGUUCCGACUGCAUCAUCGUCAUCAUCAUCAUCGACAUUAUCAUCUAGUUAUAAUAUUAGAAAUCAACAGUUUUCUACAGAUAAUCGCCCAUCAUCCCAACAACAGGAUUAUGAAUUAUGGCGUAAAGUGAAUUCUACAAUUACACUUUUAUGCGCAUGCAAUAUUCGUCAGUUGAAUAACAAUAAUAUACAUGUUUUUGAUCGUUCUAAUAUAAUUUGGUUUAAUUCAAAUCGAUUAACUAAUGGUUAUGGUAUUCAAUGGAAGAAAGAUAAUGAAAUUUUAUCGGAGAAACUGUUACAAACAAGUUCCAGUCAUUCCCGUAUAGUUGGCAGUGGUAGCCUCUUAAUAAAUAAUGCACAAUUGGAAGAUACUGGAAUUUAUUCAUGUCAAGUUGUGAAUUUUUUAAAUAACUCCAUAUUGAAAGAAACAAGAAUUCAAUUGAUUGUUGGCAAUUCACCAGUUCUAAUUAAUGCUUCACCAAUGGAAUUACAAGCAAAAUUACAUUUUGAACAAAUAUUAUGGUGUAAUUUUAAAACAUAUUAUCCAACAAUUAUACAAUGGCGUAAAAAUGGUGAAAUCAUACAGAAUAGUGAAUAUUUUCGUAUUACAAAUAAUGUUACUGAAUUUCCCAAUCAAUCAGAUCAACUUGAUCAUCCCCAUGACCGAUAUCAACAACAAAUUAUGACACAAAUUAAAAUACAACGAAUUUUAUCAAAUGAUUUCGGGUAUUUUCAAUGUUUAGCAGAGAACAGAUUUGGUUCUGUUCAACAUACAAUUAUGCUUCGUGUUUUACAGUCAAAUUUAAAUGAUUAUAUAAAUGAUGGAAUUGACAAUAAUAAUAAUAAUAAUAUGUAUAUGUUUGUACCGACUAAUAUACGAGUAUGGAAUAUCAGUGAUACACAUGCUUAUGUUAUGUGGGAUGAACCAGAAUGGUAUUUAUCAAAACCAAUUAUGUAUUUUAUACAAAUUGAAUCAGAUGAUACUCCAGGACACCUUACUGUGAAUACAACGAAAUCAGUUAUUCUACUGGCUGAUCUUCAACCAGAAACAAAAUAUUUACUUAAAAUAUUUCCAGCUUUAACUGAUGAGUCCAUUCAACAACGAUCUAGUAAUCACAAUAAUAAUAAUUUUGCAUCAGUUCAAUUUAUUACAAAACCAUUGAUUCAUCGUCCUCCUGCUGUAAAAGAUUUAUCUGCUGAAUCAUGGAAUUAUGGUACACUGACUGUCUCAUGGAAAACUCCAUUGUUGGAUGGUGCUGAGAAUGAUAAAAUUGUUUCUUACCAAAUUAUACUUCGUUCACUUACUACUACCACUACUACUACUACUACUACUUCUUCCACCACUGACGAUCUGAUAACUAAUAAAUCACCAAUUGAAAUCAAUAUACGUACAUCAGAUUUGACACUUAUCAAUAAUGGGGAUCGAUUAAGUUAUACUGUGUUAGAUUUAACACCGGAUGCUUUCUAUCAAAUUACUGUUUAUCCUAUCACUGAAUCUAAUAUAACUGGUCAUGUGGCUUAUUUAACAUCUUCACCACGAGUCACUUCAAAACCGCCAUCAAAAUCACCAAUGAAUCUUCAUGUACAUUCCAUCGGGGCUUAUGUAGCUACUGUAGCAUGGCGACCACCUCCAUUGAAAUAUAGAAAUGGUCAAUUAAUUGUUUAUCGUAUUAAUAUUUCAUGUGAUGAUUGGUUACAUUCACGUUAUAUUAUGGUACAGAAUAAAUUAAGUCAAUUAAUAAAAGGUUUAACUUCUGGUAUGGAAUAUGAAUUAUCAGUUUCAGCGGCUACACGAGCAGGUAAUGGUCCUGAUUCAGAAAUUGUAAAAUUUACUACAAUGACUCAAAAGAAUGAAGCAGAUGCUGACGCAGAGAAUAAUAGUGAUGGAUACAUGUUAUCUAGUGAUGCUUCAUUAGAGGAUUACGGUGCUCCUAUUAUUGAACAUCGUCAAUCAUCUUCGUUGCCAAAUAAUGACAAUCCUGUGUUAGGACCAGUUGAAAAUCUUCAAGUUUUAGCGGAAGAACAAAGUUUACUAAUAAUGUGGUCACCUCCAAUUGUUUCUUAUUCUUCAUCGGGAAUUUCUCGUCAUUUUGUUCCUUCGCCUACUGGCGUUAAUAAUGAUCAUCGUAGGAAUAAGCAUUUAAAUAACUCUCCAUUAAGAGCAACUAAAAAUCAUGAAAUCGAUAUAUCACAUUAUAUAAUUGCUUGGGGUAAAAUGCAUCCUGGACCAGAUUCUGUAGAAUUGCCAAAAAAUCAAACUACUUAUUCCAUACAAAAAUUAGAUCAAGAUACUACUUAUUUUAUUAAAGUAGUUGUAGUCGGUAAAAAUCACGAAAUGAAAGAAGCUUUUAUAUCAGCUAGAACAAAGCCAAGCUCUUCUAGUGAACAUCUACCGAUCCCUUUGAAUUUACAUGUUUCUUCAUCGGACUCGAAUUGGGCCAUUAUAACAUGGGAUAAAACACAAUGUACUCAACAUUAUAAUCAUGAUGACAGUAAAAGCAAACGAAUGAAAAAUCAAUCAAAUCAAUUGAAAACAUCCACUGUGAAUGAUUGCUCUGAUAAUGAUAAUAAUAAUAAUAAUUAUGUUAUUAAAUUUUAUCAAGUUGCUUAUCAAUUAAUUGGCUAUUCUUCAUCGAAUCGAACUAAAACUAGAAUCAAUAAUAUUGAAGAUGGUAAUGAUGAAGAUAAGAAUAAGAUGGUUGCUGCAAAUCUACCAUCACCUUCACUUGAUAAAACACAACAUAUCAUUAGUGUAACAGAGAAUUGGGCAAAAUUAGAAAAUUUACAAUUUGGUCGAUUAUAUUCUGUAGUUGUUCGUGCUGUUGGUGAAAAAAAGAAAUCAUUGACCAAUGCACCAUUCACUUCAAUUAGUGCUAAUAAUAAUAAUAAUCUUGAUCAACAACAAGAAUUGAAUAAUAUCUUGUAUAGUGAAUGGAGUUUAGAGCAAAUUAUUGAGACAACAGAAAAAAGACCUAGUGAUUCACCACGUGAUAUUUCUUUAAUUGGUCUAAGUGGUAGUAGUGGUAGUAGUAGUAGUAGUAGCGGCGUUGAAUCCACUUCAUCAUCAGUCAGUAUACAAAUUAGCUGGCAACCACCAAUGCAUCCAAAUGGACUUUUAACAGGUUAUCUACUUUAUUUCACGCUAAAUCAUAGUUUACCUAUAAUGCAUUGGUCAAAACGACAUUUACCAUCGGAUAGUUUAAAUACUGUGAUAACUAGUCUACUACCAAAUGCAAUUUAUGCAUUUUGUUUAAAAGCAAUCAAUUCAUUCGGUGAUGGACCAAUUUCAUCAGUGAAAUUUUAUCGUACACCAGAUAUUUAUGGCCAAGGCGGUGGUGUUCUAACAUUUACCAAUCGUGACGAUCAAUCUAUGCCAAUUAUGAAUCCGGUUAUUUCAUUAAAACAUCAUAAUAAGAUACAUGAUAAUGAUAAAAUUGCUCAUUAUCCAGCAGAUUUAAUUUUUAUUAAACAACCUACAACUUUGUUAAAUGGUAAGAAACCAUAUCACAGUACUGGUACUGAUAGUCGUAGUAAUGCUACAUUUGCUGACACAAUUCUAUAUGGACCAAUAAAAAAUUCCUGGUUAACUAUCGGGAUUAUUAUUGGAUUAUUAAUGAUGAUUCUUAUCAUUAUUAUCAUUUCAUUAGUUUAUCGAAAACAUCGUCGACAUUUUGGUCCACUUACAAGCUAUAAACUUGGAAAAAAUUUAACUCAUUUACCGGAUGCGGAUAAUUUAAACGAAACUAAUAAUACUACUAAUAGUAAUACUCACACUACUAAUAAUAACAAUCGAAACAAUCAUAUAAACACUCAGAACAAUUCCAUUUCUUCUCAAUAUUUUGGAAGAAAACGUAAAUGUCUAACCAAAUCUUCAUUUGGUAUGAGCACAAAUCUAGCUAAUCAAGAUGUGGCUUUAUUAAUGAGUAAUGGUGAAGCAUUGCUGGCUUCAGAUAAUAUUGGUUGUGGUGUUGGGGGUGGUGGUGGCGGCGGCGGCGGAGGCGGUGGUGCUUCACAACAACCAUCCUCUAAUUUGUUAGUUAGUACUACUCUGGUUACAAUGCCGAAUAAUAUAUUGACAACAUCAAUGAAUUUAUCAUCGGCUACUGUUGGUGUUGGUGCUUCUAGUGGAGUUGGAGCUGGUGUUAUGUGUGGUUCUGGGCAAGUUUCAUCAGCUGCUAUUACACCGAAUCAAGGUGUUUUCUAUAAUAAUCAGAAUAAUAUGAAUACAGGUUCCUAUUCAUGGGAUCAUGAUUCGGAUUCAUUACAAUUUGCUUCAGUAUCACAAGAACAUACAAUUGACAGUAGUCAAUCACCUAAUCCUAACCAUCUGAUUACUGGUGGUGGGGGUGGGGGUGGUGGUGGUUAUCGACAACAAAUAACUCCAACAAAUGCGGAUAGUACUGGUAGUACAAAUUCAAUUCAUGGUAGUAUUGGUACACCGACAAGAAUACUGCCUAAUUUAACUUAUAAUCAGCAUCAGCAUCCUCAUCAUCAGACUCAUGGUUUGUCAAAUGAUCCAAAUCUAGGCUAUUCUUAUCCAACAGUUUCAUUGAUUCCAAAUGUAGUGAAUCCUAUGAUUGUUGCUUCACGUUCACCACCACUAGUCAAUGAUCAUAAUAGUAGUAGUAUUCCAAUGGCUGGUUAUCCUUCAAAUCAUUUCAUUCCAUCAGUUAUACCAUCAAAUAAUAAUAACAAUAAUAUUAGUAAUAAUAAUUAUUUAGUACAAUAUUAUCCAACUACAUCCAUGUAUAAUCAUCAUCAUCAUCAUUUCAAUGGUCGAAUACCAAUGGAACGAUUUGCAUCGAUCGUCACUCCUCAAGCUGCUCCACCGCAUAUGGUCUAUACUGGACAAUCAUCAUCAAGAUAUCCUGUACCGUGUAAUGUUGUAGAUCAAUCUCAAAUAAUUGCUACUUACGCUCAUGUCAUGAAUCCAUCUACUUAUACAACUAUUAGUGGUCAACCAACUUUAGUUCAUAUGAGCAAUACACCUCGAGUUAAUGCAGCUGAUAUUAUGUCAUUUACAAGUUCAGAAGAUAUUGGACCAGCAAGAUCAACUCCUUUAAAUGAUAAUGAUUCUCAGAAAUUUCUUCCAGUCAAUGGAGAUGAUCAUUCAAGGAAUAAAUCAGUGUACAAUAGUAGUAAUCAUCCUGUGCAUCAUACUCAUACAACACCUAAAUCGAAACGUAAUUCAUCCAGUACAACUGGUUCGCAUUCAAUAACAUCACCUAGACGUCGACGACCAUUGCUUAAUUCGAAUCGGAAUGGACGAAAUGUUGACCUGCACCUGAAUGGAUCUGUUGUAGAAGAUCAACAAAAUUCUAUGAAUCGUAGUAGUAACAGUAUUGGUAAUAGUAGUAAUAAUAGUAAUAGUAAUAACAAUACAAUGAUACAACAUGUGAAACAAAGAUCAAAUCGUAAUUCGGUCAUUGCAAAUCAUAAUGGACUUGAAGAUGGGGAACCUGAGGUUGUUCAAAAAGCAUUUAGCAGUGAAGAACUUACACAAGAAAUGGCUAAUUUAGAAGGUUUAAUGAAAGAUUUGAGUGCAAUAGCUAAAGAAGAAUUUAAUUGUUAAUUAGUUUUGU